CCUGGGGAUGCUGUACCCCAGAUGGGAAAAGCAGCUGUGCUCGCCGGUCUGCUCUCGGGAGAGGCCUUUGAUAUCGUUGCAGACAGUAAACUUUUGGAGAAAGAAGUUACAACCGAGACUUUUUCCGCCAUGCGCCGAUUAUUAGCCCGCCCCGGUCUACCUGCGCCCCUACGCAGGGCAUUCCAUGCACGUUACCAAUAUCCGGCGGAAACCAUACGCACAUACGUUCGCGAACUGCAGAGGAUGGCCGAUAUCGCAUACGAGAACGAAACGCCAGAUGAACGUGAAAAGCUGGUCUUAGGACAACUCCUAGAGGGCGUUCAAACGCCGUCUAUUAAAAGGGAGUUCCUGCGAUACCCUCCACGCCGUUUGGACGAAGCAUUGGAAACAAGUGACCAUUUGGAAGACAUAGAUGCAGCCAUGGGUACGCCUACAUCUGGCUGUUUUGCGGUAAGAGGAAACACACGACAUAGAGGCGUCCGACCUGAAAGAAUGACGGGAAAUCCCGGCCGUUUUCAGAGAUAUCCUGCCCCACGACGACCGGCACAAUCAGGUUUUCGUUGGCCCCGCAGACAAACGUCAUACCGCGGAUCGUCUCGCUACAGGAACACGCCAGGAACCUGGUCGUGUGCUUUAACGGAAGAAGUGCAAGCAGA